UUCUUGUUGCAAUUCUCUCUGAUGAGCGCGGAGCGGGCGACAUGAGGAAAGUCGGCGAGUCCUAUCAACCUGAGGAGUUAUCGAUCGCUGGAUCGUUCCCCCGUGACUUCCACUAUGGAGACACGGAGAAUGAUGUCAAUCUUCAGACGGAGCGGAGUUUGCCUUCACCUAAGAUUCUGCUCAUGGGUCACACUCGAUGCGGGAAGAGUUCAAUCGUGGAGGUGGUUUUCCACAAGAUGAAUUCAACAGAGACGUUGUAUCUGGAGAGUAACAACGAGAUCAAGAAAGAAUGCAUCCGGAAUUCGCCUUUCAUACAACUUGAAAUCUGGGACGUCUACGGAGGGAUCGAUCUGAAAGACGACAAAAACUCAGCUCUCUUCGAAGAUUGCGAUGGCAUCGUAUUCGUGAUUGAUGCGCAAAACGAGCUCGCUGAAGUGAAGGAAGCUGUGAAUACCAUGCUAUUCGCUGUGGAAAAAGCACAUAGAUUGAACCCGAGCGUAAACAUCGAUGUAUUCAUCCACAAAGUCGAUGGCCUCUCAGAUGAUCAAAAGAUCGAAACUCAGAGAGAGAUACAGUCUCAAAUCGAAACAGCUACGGACAAUUCAACGCAGGUCACAUUGAAUCUGACAUCAAUCUACGACCAUUCGAUAUUCGAGGCCUUUUCCAAGACCACACAGAGACUAAUUCCGCAACUCCCUACGCUGGAAAACCUUCUAACAGUUUUCAUAUCGAACUCCCUCAUCGAGCGGGGCUUCCUCUUUGACUUACCCUCGAAGAUUUAUAUCGCCACUGAUGCUUUCCCGGUCGACAUGCAAAUUUACGAAUUAUGUUGUGACAUGCUGGACCUGACGAUGGACAUUUCCGCCAUCUACGGCACGACGAGUGUUCCUUUUGAUGAGCGGUCAGCCUCUGUGAUCCGCCUGAGCAAUGAAACAGUUUUGUACCUGAAGGAAGUUGGUCAAGGCUUGGCACUGGUGUGCAUUAUACGUCUGGAGAGCUUCAAAAAUCAAGGUCUAAUCGACUACAACUUCGACAUCUUCAAGCAGAGUGUCUAUCAGCUGUACAAACCGCGUAGCAGCAAAGAAAACACGCCUGAGAACUCCACAGUUGAUGCAUCGAGUGGAGAAUUCCUUCCGUCCCCCGUUCAAGCGACCACCGCAACUUGAGUCCGGCGAGUAGUUCGGUGUCCCUCUAAAUGAAUAUAAAAAUAAACAAUAUUGAUCGCU